GGCGGCUCCGGGCCUCUCCGAGGUUCGACAGCUCCAGGAAGUUUCCAUGAAAGCACCUGAAACACCAAGUUAUCUUGGCCAGAACUCCAGUGAGAAAAAGCCCCGCGCCCACUCAGGUGAGUUGCACCCGGGAACUCUGGGCUCUGCAGAGAGGAGGAAGGGAAGUUGAGAAAGUCUUUGGACCUGGUGGCCUGGCUCUCUUCCUCAUGGCUUUGUCCAGCGGCCCCGGCAGGGACUGCUCCCAUGUCAUCGACCACAGCCACGUCCCCGAGUUCGAGGUGGCCACCUGGAUCAAAAUCACCCUCAUCCUGGUGUACCUGGUCAUCUUCGUGGUGGGCAUCGUGGGGAACAGCGUCACCAUCCGGGUCACCCAGGUGCUGCAGAAGAAAGGCUACUUGCAGAAGGAGGUGACGGAUCACAUGGUGAGCUUGGCUUGCUCGGACAUCCUGGUCUUCCUCAUCGGCAUGCCCAUGGAAUUCUACAGCAUCAUCUGGAACCCCCUGACCACGCCCAGCGACGCCCUGACCUGCAAACUCCACACGUUCCUCUUCGAGGCCUGCAGCUACGCCACGCUGCUGCACGUGCUGACGCUCAGCUUCGAGCGCUACGUCGCCAUCUGCCACCCCUUCAGGUACAAGGCCGUGUCGGGACCCUGCCAGGUGAGGCUGCUCAUCGGCUUCGUCUGGGUCACCUCCGCCCUGGUGGCACUGCCCUUGAUUUUCGCCAUGGGCACCGAGUACCCCCUGGUGAAUGUGCCCGGCGCCCGGGGUCUCACCUGCAACCGCUCGCGCACCCGCCACCACGAGCAGCCCGAGACCUCCAACAUGUCCAUCUGCACCAACCUCUCCAGCCGCUGGACCGUGUUCCAGUCCAGCAUCUUUGGCGCCUUCGUGGUCUACCUCGUGGUCUUGCUGUCCGUGGCCUUCAUGUGCUGGAACAUGAUGCAGGUACUCCUGAGGAGCAAGGCGGGCCCGCUGGCCGGAAACCCGCAGCAGCAGCAGCUGAGGAAGAACGAGAGCCCGGAGAGCAGGACCGCCAGGAGACAGACCAUCAUCUUCCUGAGUGAGUCCCAGGGGGAGGGCGACCUGGGAGCAGCCCCCCCCCCCCCACCUGUGGACUUCAGGAAGUCUUGCUCUACAAGUGUAAACUUGAGUUCACUGAGGUGGAAGAAUCUUACAGCAGAAUGA